CUCGGCGGGCUGUUGUUAUCCUCAAUCACUUUUGAAGUCUUUCGGGUUGUGUUUUGCGCUCGUCUUCCCUGAGCUGUGAGCAGAGGCAGGCAGCUGCUCAGGAACCUCCGGGGUGUAUUUAUAGCCCUGGGGAAACGGAAGCCCGGUCCGCUGUGUGUGAUCAGCUGAGGGCUGUUAGCUCGAGCAGGGCUGAGUAGCAUAUCGGUAGCUAGCUGGUGGCAGUAGCCAGUGACCAAUGCUGGGAAUUCACACGUAGCCACGGCUAAAAAUGAGGCGACAUGGAAACAGGAGCUUAUUAGGGCGGUAACGGCCGCUGUCGUGAAACGUCUGUGAGAAGAAAACACGGGAAACUAACCGCACCACACCUCCCUGUGGAGAGCAGAGUUUGUGCUUCCAGCUCCCAAAGUCAACCUUCGCCUCUGACCUUUUACACCCUCACCCGCACCUCUGCGGCCACUGUUACUAUGACGACAGGGGGCUGUUGCCACCUGCCCGGCUCUCUGUGCGACUGUUCGAGCAGCGCUGGCCUGUGGAAGAGCGUGGAGGAAGCAGGCGGUGACGGGUGCCAGGCGCUCUAUGUCACCCAGGUCACGGCUAUAGAUGGACGGUUGCUCUCCUCUGUGCUCAAACCCAUGGCCACACAAAGUGAUGGUCCCAUCUGCCGUAUCUGCCACGAAGGAGGCAGCAGCGAGGGUCUCCUGUCUCCUUGCGACUGCACCGGCACCCUGGGCACGGUGCACAAGAGCUGCUUGGAGAAGUGGCUGUCGUCUUCCAACACCAGCUACUGCGAGCUCUGCCACACAGAGUUCAGCAUCGAGCGCCGGCCGAGGCCCCUCACAGAGGUAACAAAGUGGCUGCGGGACCCCGGCCCUCGUAACGAGAAGAGGACGCUGUUCUGUGACAUGGUGUGCUUCCUGUUUAUCACGCCCCUAGCAGCCAUUUCAGGCUGGCUGUGCCUGAGGGGCGCUCAGGACCACCUUCAGCUGGGGAGCUGGCUGCAGGCAGUGGGCCUCAUAGCCCUCACCAUCGCCCUCUUCACCAUCUAUGUCCUGUGGACCCUGGUGUCUUUCCGCUACCACUGUCAGCUCUACUCUGAGUGGAGAAGAACAAAUCAGAAAGUACGGCUGCUCAUUCCUGAAGCCAAGGAGUCUAACUCUUCCCAGCAUUCCUUGCUCUCUACCAAACUGAUGAAGAAGUCUGCCAAUGAGAGCAUAGUAUGAGACCAAAUGGAGACAGUUGAUGAUAAUGGUGUCUCAUGUGCGGAGGCUGAUUGUCGAGGCAUCACGCCCUGCCAGCUGGUCUUUAUGGAAGCAUUCGUGGGCUUUUUUGUUUCUUUGCCCCAUCAGUACUUAAUUCACAUCUUUUUAUUUCAGUCUGUCCUCCUGUGGGUGCAGAAAUGAGCACAUUAAAAAGAAGUCUGUGUCCUCAUGCUGGGUGUUGACCAAGCUUAUGCAAAGGCACUGAAAGAUGGAACAGCAUAUGCAGAUGUGCAGAGACAAUUAUGUGGGAACAGCCUCAUCAUCAUCAUCACGGAUACAACAAUAAGUUUAGAAAACAGUGACAGUAGAAUAAGAAAUGACCAAACUAAUGAUUGUCCUGCCUAGUUUCAACAACCCGUCGAUGGGACACAGAUGACUGCAGAGUGUAGCAGGUCCAUUCAUUGUUGUGCUGCAAUAAUGAAGUGUGUAAACUGCUGGAUACAUGUCCUACCUGGGCACUCACCUACAUAGGCCUCGCAUUCUCAAUGCAGCAUUGCCCAUCGAGGAGUUCUUUCGAGCCGUUAUUGUGUGAUCCCAAGUUCAUCUGCAAAGGAAAAAUGAAAAGUUCAGAUGUGUUAUUUCUUUACAUUUACACAUUACACAGUCCAGAUGCCAGUAUUCAGUCUGAGAUGAAGCUUUUCAUUUUAGCACAAGCCUACUGGAUUUAUUUCAAGGUUGUUGUUUUUGUUUUGUUUUUGUUUUUUUUACUGCAUCUGAUAGCAGCAUAGCAUUAGUAAAGCCAGAGAUUGUGCAAUAAAACACUGUGGACAUGGAGGUCUUCACAGUACAUGAGGAGACCUCUACCAACAUGCACAGUUAUGCAUGCAAGCACUGUUAAUAACUUUUGGGGAUUUUUUUUAAGUGUCAGUGUAUUGUUAAAAUGAUUUUGUGGUUUAAAAAACCUGGACUGAUUUUACUAUUCCUACUGAAGUAGGGUUUAACAGUGUCCUCAUAGAGGUCCAUGUAUUAUCAGCACUUAGCAAGUAGGUCUCUUAUAGGUUGAUAGAAAACUCCAUCAAAAUGGCUUUUAGAGCAGCAUUUGAGCAGCAUUUCCCCAAGUAUUGUUGGGUGGCUGAUGCAGUGUACUACGGCAUCCUUCUAAUUUUCAGUUCAAGUACUUCAUCAUAGCUGUUUUGUUUUUAUUUUUGUGAAACAGUGCCCAUGCAGCAGUAUGUGUGUAGUUCCCACAAUCACACCAAGAAUCAGGGAUACAGAAACUUCCUGCAAGCAUUGAUCACUGAAGUCAUGGUCAGCAUCAGUGUCUGAUCUGAUGAAAAACUCUCAGUGCUGCUGUUUAAUGCUUCUGCCAGUCUAGCAUAGACUCUACCCACCAACAGUGACUUGACGAUAUGCAAGGACCACUAAAGCUUAAUCUGAGUUGAGCUUUGUUUUGUCUUUAAUUUCAAGAAAGCCGCUACAUGCUCACAUGCUUUUUCUAAGUCCAUUUGAUGGAUGUCAUCUUUUUCUUGCUGCAGACUUGCCCUCAUCAUCUUUUGAUGUUACUUAUUUGGGCCUGGAUGUAUUGUUUUUUUUUUAGGAGAGUAGAGGAAAUUCACUUCUCUCCUGUGUAUAAUUUGGUCAGCCAGUCAGAAAAGACCGACCAGAGUCUACCUGGUUUACUGCUUUAUUCCACUUCAUUUAGUUUAUGGGGAGACGGUUAAUUGCCACUUGAACUCACUGUGGCCUGUUCACAGGAAGAUGAGCCUGAAGAUGAAAACUCCAACAACACAUGGAGUACUGAGAAUAAUUUUGUUGUCAGACCAACAUAAGCCCAUGUUAAGACUAUGCACAGUAUGACUGUGCAGAUCAUUUCAUUUAUAACUGUGCAAUUAUGUGCGGCACAAUUAAAAAGACCUUAUCUGUGCUACACAGGUGGCACUGAAAACAAUGAGGACAGCUUAAAACUAGUCUAAAGCCAGACUGGUUGAUUAUUUUUAAUUUAAUGACUAAACUUAGCACAGUUUUUGGCUUUUGAAUUUGGUUCUCUCAGUGGAAUAACAUUUCUAUUUUUGUGUUAUGUGAGUGGUCAUGCUAUUGAUUAUCAUACUCUGAUCAUGGUUUGUUCUUCUGUGCUUUCUGUUAACGUUCUUCUCAAUGUCAAAGUUAAGGCAGAGGCAUUCAGUAGUGAAGCUAUCAGCUAUGUGUGAAGAGGCCAGAAGAAGGAUUUUAUGCACAAUUGCGUCUUUAAUGCUUUUUAUUUAAAUUACAUGCAAAUUUGCUUUAUGACGAUCAGGCUUGAACGAUAUUUGACUUUAGCUGGUGUGUGGUGGUUGUGUGGUAUACUCACAGAGAGUCAACACAAACCAUCUCAGUCACCUUCUCAGAGCAGAUUUUGGUUAUUGGCUGUCAGUAAGCAUCAAUAGAAAUGCACUCUGAAGUUUCACGCUAUUGAAACCUUGUGGUCUGAAAUAACAUUACAAGUGUAGAACAGUCAGGGUGCAUCUCAGUGCUGUUUGGUGGGAAAUCGACACCAGCUAUAUGACUGUGUUGAACAGCCAUCUUUUAAAAAAAAUAUAUAUGUGUAUCUGUUGGACUGCUGACAGUGUGACCAGUGGCUGUAAGAGUUACUUCCUUGCCAUGGCUUUUUAUCUACACCAACAUUACGCUCUUGUACUGUUAGCUCCUGGUGGUUGUCCCACAUACUGCCCCAGUUAAUCAUUUGUUUGUGUUUUUAACUGAUCUCAGAACAAAGGAUUACAUCCUGCAGUACUGCGAUGCACCCAGGGGGCCUUACGAGCUUAUGAGUCAUUUGAUCAUCCGUGUGUUUACUGUUUGUCGUGAACGAGGCUUUACUCAGAGUAUUAGGAUCUACUGGGGCUGAUACUGAUUUGAAGCAGUGUAAAGAGCUGUGGUGCAGUUAUUCAAGAUGUCUGACUUGAUGAUAGUGAUAGUUCAUUUAACAUUAUUGGAAGUCUGCACAAAGGUGCCCACAAAGUAUGCAACAUUGCUCCUUCUUUGGCUACUUGUCAUGUUACAGUUAUCUACAUGAAGCAGAUCCUCGUGUCUCCAAAGAGUUUUUAGGUGUUAUGUAAUACUUAUUUUAUAUACCUUCCACAAUUCAAAUCCAGAAAGGGAUUUUAAAUCAUUGUUUUCUUUCUUGUUUGUUACAAACAUGUAAAUGUUGCUUAUGAUGUAUAACAUUUUUGUAAUCUUUUAAUCCUACACGUCUUUUUUUGGAGGGUGGGUAUGUUCAUAUGUAUUUAUGUUGCAAUUCUUCAGUAUUUACAUUUUUAAAGACUGCAAUGUUUAUGGUGUGCUGUGGGAAAAAAUACUGGUACCUGCAAUCAGCCAAGAAUUGUUUGCAAAGCAAAUAAAACAUGAGGAUAAAU